CCUGCAUUCUUUCACCAACCUACCUGGUACUUUUUCUUGCAUGUCACUUCUCAUUCUCAGAUUCCAGGAGGCGUGGUCUAUGAUCUCAUGACGUAGAAAUUCGUCGUUUUCGACGAAUCAUCAUGGCUAGUGCGCAUCCUUCCAGCCGCAGAGUCGAGCCUUGUGCUACACCUGGCGUUGAUGCAAAUAGAAAAUGCCGAAGUCCGAAGUCAAUAUGGUUGGCUACAGGCUUCUGUUGAGCCGUCGUGCCGACUAUUCUAAGCUUCUCGGUUUGUUGAUCUCAUAAAGUGAACCUUAAUUGCUCGGCAUGUUACGCUGCUCGACUAGACUUUUGAGGUGAUUGUGUAUGUCCAUGAAACUCACCGUACUAGUGAGUUCUGACAUCCGCCAUGGCUUAUGAUUAUGCCAUUGUACAUCUCAAGUACACCAUCCCCCAAGCCGUUCUUCUCACGCUCAUUUCGAGGCCUCUUCUCACCAAGCUCGACUUAUAUAAGACGUAUACGUUAAUAUUGGUCGCCUUCUUUGCGACACUCCCUUGGGAUUCCUAUCUCGUGCGCCAUGGCAUCUGGACGUACCCCCCUGACGCGACGACCGGACUAAGUCUCUUCAGUGUGCCGGCUGAGGAGCUGUUCUUCUUCAUUAUCCAGACUUACAUCACGUCGAUGCUGUACAUAUUAUUAAACAAGCCUAUCCUUCAUGCUCAAUUCCUCACGAAUAAGAAUGACUCCUCUCCGAAGGCUCGACGGAUAAAACUAUUAGGACAGCUCCUCAUGAUCGGGUGUAUUGCGACUGGUGCCUUUCUUAUCAAAAGGGGAGGAGAGGGAACUUACCUCGGGCUCAUAUUGCUAUGGGCUUGUCCAUUCGCUCUCCUCACAUGGACACUCUCCGGCUACUUCUUAAUCCGACUUCCCCUAGUUAAUAUCGCGACACCGAUUAUAGUCCCGACAGUGUACCUAUGGAUUGUAGAUGAGAUGGCCUUAGGGCGCGGUACUUGGGCCAUUGAAUCUGGAACCAAACUAGGUUGGCGGAUAUGGGGCAGUCUGGAGCUAGAAGAGGCUCUCUUCUUCUUGGUUACAAACGCCUUGAUUGUUACUGGCAUGGUCGCUAUGGAUAGAGGGCUGGCAGUUCUUUACACCUUUUCCGACCUAUUUCCCGAUGGAUCGGAUCCGCCUCCUCUAGGCCUUCUUGCCAAGGCUGCUCUCCUUGACCCGGCAAAAUAUGACAUGAAACGGGUGAGGGGCAUAAGAGAAGCUGUAGAAACGUUACGGAAAAAGAGCAGAAGCUUUUAUCUAGCUAGUUCUACGUUCCCUGGGCGUCUUCGUAUCGACCUAGUCCUUCUGUAUUCAUUUUGUAGAGUGGCAGAUGACUUGAUAGACGAAUCUGGCACGGAAAGCGGGGCUUUUACAUGGAUUUCCAAGUUGACCGAGUAUCUUGUCCUUGUGUACGGCUCGGGUACUCAAUCCCCAUCAACACAUAAUGCUAGUGCUCUUGUGAAAGGAAGCUUCCCAGAGCCGGCGAGGCCAGCACUAGAACUCUUGCCAGUCGAACUCCUUCCCAGGGCACCGUUCGAUGAGCUCUUGGAAGGCUUCAAGACAGACCUCUCUUUUAACUGGACUGAUACUAAGAAGAGAGCUCUUCGGUUUCCUAUCAAGAGCGAGGAAGAUUUAGAACUCUACGCGCACCGCGUUGCAAGUACAGUUGGGGAGUUAUGUCUACGCCUUGUUUUUCACCAUGGCGAGACGAAACUCCCAAAUGACAGGGAAACCAUUCUCGUCAUUGCUGCCCGAACGAUGGGACAUGCGCUACAAUACGUAAACAUCGCUCGAGAUAUCGCGGUAGACGCAGAAAUGGGCCGAGUUUACCUACCUUCGAGUUGGCUCAAAGAGGAGAUUAUUACGCCUGAGGAUGUUCUCAGAGACCCGAAUCAGCCAAAGGUGGAGAGACUCAGGCAGAAGUUGCUUGAAAUGGCGUUCAAGGAAUACGAUCGGUCCCGGGAGAUAAUGAGUCUGCUUCCCCCUGAAGUUCGUGCUCCCAUGAUAAUAGCUGUUGAGAGUUAUAUGGAGAUAGGCCGAGUAUUGCGAGAAAGGAAAGGCACCACCCUUCAAACUCGAAGAGGACGAGCAACGGUCCCUCUAUGGAGACGUUUAUGGGUCGUGUGGAAAACCCUUUCGACUGAACGAUAAGAUAUUUUUUCAUCUAUCAUCAUCAUUUAGGGACACAUAGCUGGGCGUAAAAAGCGAUAUACUAAUUAUAUAUAUGGUACUAUGAUAAUUUUUACAUUUAUAAGCACUCUAACCUUAACGUGGGACUGUUCGUGGUCCUAGAUCCAUAUCUCAUAG